CGGAAGGCGACAUGGGCUCCGCUGCUUGGGCCCCGGUCCUCCUGCUGGCGCUCGGGCUGCGCGGCCUCCAGACGGGGGCCCGCAGCGCCCCGGACCCCGGCUUCCAGGAGCGCUUCUUCCAGCAGCGUCUGGACCACUUCAACUUCGAGCGCUUCGGCAACCAGACCUUCCCCCAGCGCUUCCUGGUGUCAGACAGGUUCUGGAUCCGGGGCGAGGGGCCCAUCUUCUUCUAUACCGGGAACGAGGGCGACGUGUGGGCCUUCGCCAACAACUCGGGCUUCAUCGUGGAGCUCGCGGCCGAGCAGGGGGCUCUACUGGUCUUCGCGGAGCACCGCUACUACGGGAAGUCGCUGCCGUUCGGUGAGCGGUCCACGCAGCGCGGGCACACGGAGCUGCUGACGGUGGAGCAGGCCCUGGCCGACUUCGCAGAGCUGCUCCGCGCGCUACGGCGCGACCUCGGGGCCCAGGACGCCCCCGCCAUCGCCUUCGGUGGAAGUUAUGGGGGGAUGCUCAGCGCCUACCUGAGGAUGAAGUACCCCCACCUGGUGGCAGGGGCACUGGCAGCCAGCGCGCCCGUUCUAGCUGUGGCAGGCCUCGGCGACUCCAACCAGUUCUUCCGGGAUGUCACGGCGGACUUUGAGGGCCAGAGUCCCAAAUGCACCCAGGGUGUGCGGGAAGCCUUCCGACAGAUCAAGGACUUGUUCCUACAGGGAGCCUACGACACGGUCCGCUGGGAGUUUGGCACCUGCCAGCCACUGUCAGACGAGAAGGACCUGACCCAGCUCUUCAUGUUCGCCCGGAAUGCCUUCACCGUGCUGGCCAUGAUGGACUACCCCUACCCCACCGACUUCCUGGGUCCCCUCCCUGCCAACCCUGUCAAGGUGGGCUGUGACCGGCUGCUGAGUGAGACCCAGAGGAUCACGGGACUGCGAGCGCUGGCAGGGCUGGUCUACAACGCCUCGGGCUCCGAGCACUGCUACGACAUCUACCGGCUCUACCGCAGCUGUGCUGACCCCACCGGCUGCGGCACCGGCCCCGAUGCCAGGGCCUGGGACUACCAGGCCUGCACCGAGAUCAACCUGACCUUCGCCAGCAACAAUGUGACCGAUAUGUUCCCUGACCUGCCCUUCACGGAUGAGCGCCGCCAGCAGUACUGCCUGGACACCUGGGGCGUGUGGCCCCGGCCCGACUGGCUGCUGACCAGCUUCUGGGGGGGCGAUCUCAGAGCCGCCAGCAACAUCAUCUUCUCCAACGGGAACCUGGACCCCUGGGCAGGGGGCGGGAUUGGGAGGAACCUGAGUGCAUCAGUCAUUGCCAUCACCAUCCAGGGGGGCGCGCACCACCUCGACCUCAGAGCCUCCCACCCCGAAGAUCCUGUUUCUGUGGUUGAGGCACGAAAGCUGGAGGCCACCGUCAUCGGCGAGUGGGUAAAGGCAGCCAGGCGUGAGCAGCAGCCAGCUCUGCGUGGGGCGUCCGGACUCAGCCUCUGAGCACAGGACUGGAAGGGUCUCAAGGCUCCUCAUGGAGUGAAUGGAGGGAGGAGGAGGCUGCCCCAGCCCUGCCCUGUGUUUGCACCUUCUGGGUCCCCAAAGCUCAGCCCACUGUGGCCGGCCCAUCGUGUGGGCUUCACUCAAGAAGCAGCUGGAGGCACAGGGAAGGAGCUGAAUAAAUGCCUGGAAGCCUGGC